AUGUCGGUUUCCGGUUCACGGGUGAAGCUCCAAACGCUUCCGCCCCUGCCCACCAAUAAGUGCUGGUUCGAGAUCACUCCCAACGACGGGCACGGGACAGUGAGAGACGUGGCCAUCUCUAUCUGCACGCUACUGUCUUUGGGGCCUUCCAUUCGCGCGUCGGAUCUCAAGCUGGAAGUGGAAGGGUUUGAGCUGAUUCAUACGUCCCUGACGAAGGGCAUCGUUCGAGACAGUGACUUGAUAACGGUAAGUUUGUCUCGGCGUGUACCUAGAGAUGAAACGGCGAAGGAAAAGUUACCUCCAAUCAAGACUAAACGGAAGCGUCGGGGCGACCAGUCGGAGGAGGAGCCUGCGCCUGAGGAGCCACAAAAGAAGAAAAAGACAGUUGAAGUAGAUGAUACCCAGCACGAGAUCCAUGCCGCGCGCAGACAACACUUGAGAAACGCUCUGACGGACUUGGUGCGAGAUAUCGGGAGUAGUAGCAGCUCUGAAGAGGAAGAGGAUGAACAAGAGGAGACAUCUUCCGAGUCUGGGGAUGAAAUGUCCGGAAUCAUCAGCGGAGAAGUUGGAAGUGCUGCUCUCAAAGAAGUGUCCAAUGAUGAAACCACAUCAUCAGCCGAGUCGGAUGAGACCUCCUCUUCGGAGUCAGAAACGGAGGCAUCCGAGAGUCCUCGCAAUUCCACAUCAGAAUCCUCAGAUGAUGACUCGGAAAUAGAGGAAAGCGUGAUGUCUGGAAAAAAACACCCGGCGGACUCGAUAGCUCGCCCAGCUGCCCCCCCGUUGGACACUGUGAAGGCAAUCAUUGCCAAGGUAGUUCCUUUAAAACCGCCGAAGCUUCCCGCGAAUCAGAAGGUCGCACCUCGUUCGAAAGAGAAAGCAGCAGUGGCAAAGCAAACUCCGGCCCCGCAGGUACAUGAAGUGAUUGCGCCCCCUGUAUCACUCGGGAGACAUAAGAGGAAGCAAACGCGGACGCUAUUGAAUGUGGAGCGGACGCAUGUGAUUUUCGCCGAUAACGAUGAGGACGCAGCUGAUCAGGACGAAGAGGAAGGAGUGGGCGAGCUGGAGCUUGCUACUAGCAAUCCUGUCGAACCCGCAAAAAGCCUUUCGAAAGCGGGCACACUUAAUGGCACGCGUACGAAUGGCCUUCCACCAGCAAAGGCGACACUGGCCCCACCGCGCGCGAUCCAUACCAAAGUUUUUCUCGAGGACGAUUUCAACAACCCCACACCGAAGAAAGGGAGGAAACGAAGCCAAAGCCGAACAUUGCUGGGCUCCGCAGGCACCCCUGGAAAGGGUCGUGGCGGCACAACUCUAGCAAAAAAUGGUACCGACGGCGUGUCUCGUGAGGCAGCAAAUGGCGCAAAAGCUGACACUGGUCUGCAGCAGCCCGACGCGGCCGCCGCCGUAGACUAUGAUGCGCUGCCUCUGUUGGUCGGCAAGCCGAAGACGGGCCAGACUAUCGCGUAUAAAGUGCUGCAGAUGUCGGAGUCGUACUGCCCGGAAAUAUCGGAUUUCAAAGAAGCGACGAUCAUCGCCUUCGACAUACAACGCUCGCUCAUCACUCUGAAGCCGAAAGUGGUCAAGCAGCCCACACCUCAACCCACGGAGGAGUAUGAAGAUUACGAAACAGGUGAAAUUGCUUUAGGGAGAUUCGAAUUGCCGCCGGACGAUGAAUGGAUCACUGAAGCGAGCGCCGAUGAGGUUACCACCUUUGAUAUGGCUGCCUUGAUGGAUGUCCGCGUCGUCUCCUGAACUAUGCCUUAUAGCGAGUUCUGCCUGUAUCUUGUCUCCGCGGCGUCCAUGUACAUUUCUAGCUAGCGUAGGGUAUUUAGGGAACGAUCUUAUAACAUUACAUGAACACCCAACAAAGGCGCAGGAUCCUCCGCCGAAGUCUUCCGGACGGGCAAGAAUGAACGGAAUUAGGUGACUUCAGCUAUGAACUAUGUGACAAGAAUAUACAGAGGGGUCUCGCUACCGAUCCAAGAUCUACCCUUGCCAUGAGAAAACCUAUCCCUCCAGAUCCAAUUCAUCUUUGACGACCUUCCUCCGUGUCCUCCUCUCCUCUGGUGUAAAUGGCCGUUUCCGUAUGGACAAAACAGUUGGCCUGUCCCUCGAUAUUUGACUUUGUUCACGGUCCUGUUCCUCUUUCCGCUAUAAAGUAAACGUGACAUCCGUUUCAGUUUUUCAGGUCGGAAACAAUGCUUGGCGUGGUGUUU